CCUGCCUGCGGAGAUGCGCUCGUGCCCGUGUGUCCUUUAAUUCAGUCACACACCUCCGACCCGAGGAGCACGCUGCUCGUCCCAUAUCCUCCCCCAAGCGACCGACGUCGACGCCGUCGCAUGAUUGCGCAAUACGACUAGACGCAGGCUUUUCGGGCAGCAUGGCUGGAUACUCGGCCAUCGGUCCUGAGCCGACCGACACGGACCCCAUGUCUUCGAGCACUGGCUCGCUGCGAGGGAGGAGGCGCGGGAGAGGGAAGACGUUGACGGGACACCACGGCCAGGCAACAUGGAUAUCGAGCGUUAUCAACUUGGUCAACACCAUCCUGGGUGCUGGCCUGCUUGCCAUGCCCUCUGCGCUCUCCAAGAUGGGCAUUUUUCUGGGGAUAUUCGUCAUCGCAUGGGCCGGCUUGACCGCUGGCUUUGGUCUGUACCUCCAGACGCGAUGCGCACGUUACAUAGACCGUGGCCAUGUCUCGUUUGCGGCCCUGUCGCAACUGACGUAUCCGAACCUAUCCAUUCUCUUCGACGCCGCCAUCGCUGUGAAAUGUUUUGGCGUAGCUGUGAGCUACCUCAUCAUUAUCGGGGAUCUUAUGCCCAGAGUGGUCGAGGGAUUUGCGCCACAGGCUGGAGAGAUAUCAUUCUUGGUGGACCGACAGUUCUGGAUCACCGCCUUCAUGCUUAUCGUUAUACCACUCUCGUUCCUCCGACGUUUGGAUUCUCUCAAAUACACGAGCAUCAUUGCUCUUUUCUCCAUCGCAUAUCUAGUAAUCCUCGUAGUCGCACACUACAUCAAGGGAGAUACGCUUUCUGAACGAGGGCCUGUCAGGGUCUUCCGGUGGUCUGGCCCAGUGUCAGCACUCGCUGCCUUCCCUGUAAUUGUUUUUGCAUAUACCUGCCACCAAAAUAUGUUCUCUAUCCUCAACGAGAUAGCAGAUAACUCUCAUUUCCGCACAACAUCCGUAAUUUUCGCCUCCAUUGGUUCUGCCUGCGCCCUGUACAUACUCACCGGCAUCACGGGAUACCUCUCAUACGGCGACAACAUCACAGGCAACAUCGUCAACAUGUACCCCGCUGCUGCCGCCUCGACCAUUGGUCGCCUGGCCAUCGUUAUUCUCGUCAUGUUCUCCUACCCCCUCCAGAUCCAUCCUUGCCGCGCUAGCAUCGACGCAUGUCUGAAGUGGCGCCCACAACGCAGACCACAGGGUGAAGACAGCCCUAGCAGAAACACCCUUAUCGCUGGCGCCCCCCGCGGCAGCAAGCCCCAGGAGAUGGGUGACCUCCGCUUCGCGGUGAUAUCUACUGUGCUCAUCGUGCUUUCCUUCAUUACUGCCAUGACCGUCUCGUCACUCGAGAAGGUCCUCGCGUAUGUUGGCUCGACCGGCUCCACCACCAUCUCGUUUAUCCUGCCCGGGCUGUUCUACUACAAGAUCUCGGAUCCGGAUUCGGCGCAUCACCAGCGCCUCGUCAAGGAUGAGGAUGACGAGGAUGAGUUUGGCAGCGCAGAUGCGGAGGGCUACGUCAUGAGCGAUGCGCACAAGAGCCGGAACUGGAGGAGGGGUUUGCUGAGGCAGUUGAGUCUGGCGCUCGCAAUUUAUGGGGCAUGCGUUAUGGUAACUUGUCUUGUGACGAACACAUUUCUGGUGGCCGCACACUGAAUAUGGUUCCACGAAGCAUUCGUACAUCGGCUUUGAGAGCGGCAUUUCGAGGCGUUGGUUCGGCUUGGGUUUGACUUAGCGUAUCUGGUGCAUGGCAUUGGUUCCGGGGCUCGGCGGAAAGAAUAACAUCUAGAUUGUACAUUUGAAAUGUACACUAUGUUACAAGUCGCAAUCGCAUCUAC